AUGGUGGCGAAUGAGUUUUUCUGGUCGUAUUCAGAUGAACCACAUGCUUCUCGCCGUCGUCAGAUCCUCGCCCGAUAUCCCCAAAUCAGACAACUCUUUGGUCCUGAUCCAUGGGCUCUCCUCAAGGUAACUCUUGUUGUUUCGCUUCAACUAUGCACUGCCGUAUACCUCCACGACGUUGGGUGGACGAAGAUACUCACGGUGGCCUACUUUUUUGGAUCUUUUCUCAACCACAAUCUUUUCUUAGCCAUUCAUGAACUAAGUCACAAUCUUGCUUUCUCUAAUCCGCUCUAUAACCGUUGCCUUGGGAUCUUCGCUAACCUCCCUAUUGGGGUACCAAUGUCAGUCACUUUCCAAAAAUACCACCUUGAACACCACCGUUACCAAGGUGUUGACGGGGUUGACACAGACAUCCCUACCAUAAUAGAAGCACGCCUGGUAAAAAACAUGGUCACUAAAUGCAUAUGGGUACUCUUACAACUAUUCUUUUACGCCCUUAGACCAUUACUAGUCAACCCUAAAUGCCCUGGAAAAUGGGAAUUCUUGAAUCUUAUCAUCCAAAUCGGCCUUGAUGCUUGUAUGAUUUGCUUCUCGGGGUGGAGAUCUUUCUGUUACAUGAUCCUUUCAACGUUUGUUGGAGGUGGAAUGCACCCGAUGGCGGGGCAUUUCAUCUCCGAGCACUACAUAUUCGACAAGAAAGAAAGCCAGGAGACGUAUUCGUAUUAUGGUCCGUUAAAUAUAAUGUCAUGGCACGUAGGGUACCAUAACGAGCACCAUGAUUUUCCAAGAAUCCCAGGUUGUAGGCUUCAUAAAGUAAGGGAAAUCGCACCCGAAUACUAUGAAAACUUAGAUUCUUAUAGGUCUUGGAGCCAUGUGAUAUACUCUUACAUAGCAGAUAAUUCUUUGGGACCAUUUAGCAGGAUGAAGAGAACCCUCUCCACAAAGAACAAGUAG